AAAAUGUGUUAUUAUUGCAGCUUUGGACAUGAUGUCCGCCCGCUGGCUCCCUCGUCUCGGUUUGUUUUGGUUUUGCCGUCGCCAUUUAAGCGUUCAUUGUCGACUGUUGCUGCCUCCGUGUCCUCCUCACUCCUCCGACUGUCGUGUGAAAUAAAUGUCGGAGGAGCGACGGCUUCUUCUUCUUCUUACUGAGGUGGUACGACUCCCCACCUCCUCCCCCUUCCUCCUCCCUUCCUAUCCGCAUCACAGCCCCCCGCGUGAGCCCACCGCUGCUGUAGCCGAGCACGGGGGUCUGGGGGUGACGGACGGUCGAGUCGGGCACUUUUGUCACCACCGGCCAGAAAGCGGACGCUGUCGCGGAGAGGUUCCCCUGUGCGAGCCGCGUCAAGUUAGCGGGAGGCAGAGCUAGCAAGCUAACUAGCCACUUUAUUCCUGGUAACAGUGCGAGGAAAUGGAGCUGCUGCCCGGCGAAACCCCCUCCACGGAUGCACACGGCUGCAUCGAAGAGACCCACUUUAAUUAACCACUUUUUAACCGUUUUCGCGGGGCUCGCAGAGAGCCGGACGUCACCGGGGAGUUUGACAGCAGCGAAAUCCCCCCUCCACUGUACUUUGGGUUUUCUCCUCCAAACCGAAGCAAGAUGGACUCUCAUUCGGCUUGUCUCGUCAGAGCUCAGAUCGACAUUUUGCUUUGAGUUAAAAAAAAAAUAUGCAUAAAGGUGGGAGCUCAGUAUGUGAGUGAAUCAGAUUUUUAAUUGGUAACACUUCUUUUGCACCGUUAUUGCGCGUGCGAUGCUCGGUACAACCGGACAAGACUUCCCCUCUCAAGGCAAACAAUCCGAUCCGGCGUCAGCAGUUUCACCUGAGAGCACAAAUAAACGUUUGCGCAGCUAAAUAGUCCCCGCAGCUUCGCCUGUCGGAUGGGGACCGGUCAGUUUUAGAUGAAUCGCCGGGGUUUUGGCCUACAUGUUGUGCUGCUGCUGCCCACAGGGGCGGAUCGACUGCACGGUCAUCAUCAUUGUAUGACAGAGGCUGUGGCAGAUUCAUCCCCAUCAUUCAUAACAGCAUUUCCAUAGUUUUUCUCUUGUACGGUAGUACCAUGAAGAGUGGAGGAAGGAGCAAGGAGCCACCUGUCGCUGGGGAGAUCACCGGCAAACGCCCCAAACGCAAAUGUCUGCAGUGGCACCCCCUUCUGUCCAAGAAGACUCUGGAUUUCUCAGAGGAAGAGGAAGAGGAUGAUGAAGAGGAACUGGAGAAGCAGCCAGGGCUGUGCAGUCCCGACCAGGACUCCCAGGUGCAGAGUGGAAGCACAACAGAGGAGGUUGAGGAGGACUCCAGUGAGCAGCGGGCACGUCGGCCAAUGAAUGCCUUCCUCCUGUUUUGUAAGCGCCACCGGUCCUUGGUGCGGCAGGAACAUCCCCGCCUGGACAACCGAGGGGCCACCAAAAUCCUGGCCGACUGGUGGGCUGUGCUGGAGCCCAAAGAGAAGCAGAAAUACACUGACAUGGCCAAGGAGUACAAGGAUGCUUUCAUGAAGGCAAACCCAGGCUACAAGUGGUGUCCGACCACCAGCAAACCGGUCAAAAGCCCCUCCUAUCAGACGGUCGGAAACCCCCGCAAAAAGGUUUGGUCCUUUUCCUGCACCUCACCCAAGGACUCCACUGCCAAAAAAGUGCCGAAAACCAACAGCUUGCCGCAGUUGAACUUUGCCAUGGCAGAUCCUACAAAGAUGGGAGGCCUUAGCAUGCUGCUGUUAGCUGGAGAACACGCCCUCACUAACAGAGAGAUCCCUUCUAAACCUAGUUUACCUGUCAUAGCCAAUGAAGGAGACUCUUUUCCAGAAGAGAAAGAAGAGAUUUCGUCUCAGACUAUACCAAACAGAGUGCCUGACAUUACUGAAAGCAGGGUCAAGCCGGCCCUUUCCCCAGUGGCAGAGUCUUCCCUGUCUGUGGCUCCUGAAGGAAAACCAUGCAAACAGUCGGCGCUUUUUCAGCUCGCAGAGAUGUGUUUAGCGUCUGAGGCUGGAAAAAUGGACGCCGUUGCAUCCUCGCCAGAGGACAGCUCCUCCACAGCCUCUCUGCACCAAACUGCUAUCAAGCCUGAUGUGAAAGAGGAGGGACCCGACCCUGACCACUACCCCCACGCGCACACAUCGCCCCUCUGCCCUCCCUCCCCCACUUCUACCUCGACUGACGCCACGUCCCCUCAACAGAGCAGGCAUGCUUCACGAGUCAAAAAGAAGAAUAAGAAGAAAGAGGCGGCCGAGUCAAGGAACACUGAAACGCCGUCUUCGGCGAAGCAAAUCACCAAGAAAUGCGAGCACUCGGAGGAGAACAUGGACAGCAUCUUCAGUACCAUCGAGGCGGUGGCCAGCGGGGCCUGGGUUCCCACAGACGACAAGACCAAGAAGAGAGUCCAGACCAGUUUGGGGAACUCGCCGAAAAAAAAAUGUAAGACCAAAGCGAAGGUGUUUGUCAAAGAGAAAGAAGAGGAGAUGGACGAGAGCAGCGGGCAAUGCGGGUCUUCUGACGGCGACGUGAAGGAAGGGAUGACGGACAUGACCCCCAACACGGAAGCAGAGGAAGAUGCUGCAGAGGGAGCGGACGUCCAGGACUGCAUGCCGGAGCCUCGCGUCUCCCAGUGCAUCGUGUCACCUGCUAAAGUCCCAGAGGAAGACAGGGGAAAGGACAGCCACGGCGACCCGGCCUUUGAGCUGAACACUGAGAACCGUGGCUCCAGGAAAUCAGAGCGGAGCUGCAAGGGCGCUUUGUAUAAAACGCUGGUGUCUGAGGGAAUGCUGACGUCACUAAGAGCAAAUAUUGAUCGAGGGAAAAAGGGUGCUUUCCGCGCUUUUGAUGAUGCUAACUGGAGUCACGAGAGCUGGACCAUUUCAAACAUAGGACCUAAUAAUCCCAAGAAACUCAAGAAGUCCAAGUCCAAAGAUGAGUCACAGAGCCUUGGGAAACUGGAGGAGGAGUUUGAAAAGAAGUUCAACAGCCUCCCGCAGUUUAGCCCGGUGACCUUUGAUAAGAAGGGGACAGCAGUCGCAAAGAAAAGAAAGAGUGACGGCUCGACCAAUCAGGAGGACACCCCCAAAGCAGGAAAAGAUGUCCAGGCUGCCUCUAGCAUGGAGAUGCUGGUCGGCAGCCAGAAGAGGAAGGCUAGGAAGACCAAGAUCACACACUUGGUGCGCACAGCUGAUGGCAGCGUGUCUGCAGCAGAAGAGGACAAAACGAAGGACCUGAACCAGGAACAGGAUAAGAAGCCAUUACCCCAACAGAAUUUAUGCAAUGAAAAACGGUGCUACAGUCCCGGAGCGGAGGAGGCCGACAGGAGCACCGUACCACAGGAGCUACCCACCUUCUUCAGCUUGGCGGCGCUUGCUGAGGUAGCAGCCAUGGAGAACGUUCACAGAGGCCAGAGGGGCCUGGCUCAGAGUCAGAAGAAGGAGCUGGCCCAGACUCCGGUCCUCAUCUCCUGCGCUGAUCAGUGAGCGGCUGUCGCUGUGAUGAGAGGAGGACCCGCACGCUAGCAGAGGCGCUUUCACCUCCUCCUCCUCACGUGACGGGAUCGAACAGACUCCAACUUCCUCGUUGCGGAGAAUUUGCUUAAGCUUGGAUCUUUUGGAGGCGAGGGGGGAUAAAAAACAAAAAAAAACCACCCUCCCCAGCUCCUUCCUCUCCCUGCUUGUUGGUGUCUGUGUGUCCUUCUAAGCCUUCCUUUGGUGUCAGUGAAGGUGAAAGUAUGAGCUACUUCUCUACAGUCGGUGUGUUACUUACAGGAGGGUUAUUUUGGAAAACACACCUUUAAAACUUUAAAUACUCAAUCAUUCCAUGACAGGAAAUAUUCCUAAUUUGACUAAAAUGGUCUAAAAGUUGAGUUUUUUGGGGGAAAAAAUAACUAAAAUCAAGAACUAUUUUAGCUUCUGUCAGCUAAUCUAUGCACAUUAUACAAAUAUAUUAAGGUUUAGUUGUAAUAAACUGGCUGGAUGAGUAUCUCAUACAUUCUGGGAGUUUACGGUGCUCCAGUAACGCCAUCUUUUAAAAUCUGGAAGACGGGGGACACACAGGAGCGCGUUUGUUUUCUAGACAAACCCAGGUUUUUUUGUCACUUUUUUUACCUCACACACACGCCUGCUGUAGAGCUCCCUCUUCCAUUCCCUCCAGCUUCAACCCAAAACCUCCUCACCAGGGUCAAGUGUCGCUACGGUUCACUUUAUGGAGAGAAAUCCAUUUAGAAACGCUUAUUUUAUAAUAUAUAUACAUAUAUAUAUAUUUUUGCCCCCCCCCGUCGUACACUAACGCGGUGUUACUAGUUGAAGAAAUCGAGGGUGAGCUUUUCGUGUGUCAAUGUGAUGCUACUCCAAUAGAGUAUGUGGUAGCAACCAGUAAUAAUAGACUGAAUGUGAAGACGUGCGCUUUUCCCUGGCGUUUGCAGCUCGUCACAGCCGUGGGGUUUGUGUUGUUCGUCCGAGCGUGUGUGUGUGUUAGUGAACAGAAAAAUAUAGCCUUAACUUUUCCCCUGUUUGCCGCCAUAGUCGUCUCAGCCUCAGUGAGUGGAAGCAGCUUUGAUUAGCAGAAUGCCAUUUUUUAAAAAAAUAUUCUUUACUUUUUAUUUUUGCUUCAGUGUUCCUGCAGUUUGAGUAGCAGUUACAAUCUUAAUCUGUGUUUUUAAAAAUUCCAUCAAACCUGCACUAAAUCCUAGCUGAACUGUAAUUUGCUCGUGAAAGGCUAACUUCGUCGCACCACUGCCUGUCUCAGGAUGAGCUGUACGUUUCCACCAGUUAGGUGUCACGGCUCUUCUAUCAGAAAGAGCUUUUUUUUAUUUUGUAAUUUUAUUGUUAUUUGUGAGUUUCAUUGAAGUAUUAAUUGAUUGUAUUAAGAUCAGAUGUUCUUGCCUCCCAUUAGCCUUCUGAGAUUUGAUUGCUCUCAGUACAGUUCUGCUCGUAUGUAAUCAUGUGUUUUUCUUUUCCAGUAUUUACAAACUUAUUAACUUUCUUCUGUUUUUAUUCAGCCAUUCCAUUCCAUGUCGUGGUGUGCUCUCUACCGUCAGAAGGCCAGAGGGUGGCAGUAAAGCUGUAGAUUUAUUGUCUUCCCUAAACGCCGGACGGCUGAUGGAUGGCGAGCAUUGGCCUCCUCGGCCGGCGGCCGCUCGUUCCUCUGUGUAGAUCAACACUUUAAGCUUUCAGAAGUCCCGUUCAGACGGCUCUUUUCCUUUGCUUUUCUUCCAGGCGCGUGCGUUUGUGAGGGGGAGGCUUUUCUUGCUCCCUCAGUCGGAAUUGCUGAGCUAAAUCGCGCCGCCGUUCAGACUCAGACUACAGUACAGAGUGUUUUCUGAUGCACAAAGGCUUGUGGAGUUUAAGGUUUUUUUUCUUGAAAUAGAGUAUUUUCCUAAACCACGACAUGAAAUCCUGAUCAUGUGUUUUUUGUUUGCUAAUCCUCGUGAGCUAAUAGUGCUAUACACCCAAGAAACCUAUAAAUCCUUGUUACACUUGAGCUUCAAAUCUUAACAAGCUGCAUGUUUCCCCGUUAAGUGAAUACACUUUGUGAUCAUGUAUCUGAAAAAAGAACUCAUGUACGUGUGCGUGUGCUUUCGGAUGAGAGGAAGUUGCAUUACAGACGCCGUCAUCCAUGACUGAGGAGUAAAGAACUCGUCUUCCCGACCCCCUAAACUCAAAUGUCUGCUUAAAGCAACAGAAUUUCUCGACAUUUUCCAAAGAAAGAAAAAAAAGGAAAGGUGCACUCGCUGAACACUUUAUUAGGGACGCUUUAACCAGCUGUUCGUUAAAUUAGCCAAUCACAUGGAAGUGUUUCUGUUUUCGAUUUUAAAGUCAGCCAACCUAACGAUUUUUAAAAGUUGAUUAUAAAGUAUCAUUUCGGUUCCUCUCCGACGCCGGCUCCCUUUAACCUGCAGAUCCACUGCCAUGUGAUUGCCUGAUUAAAUGUUAAAGCCACAGAUGUUCACUAAUAUGGUGCCCAGUGAGCAUAUAUAUAUAUAUUUAUAUAUAUAUAUAUAUUCAAAGGAGCAUUAACUAAAAGUGUUGCACUGGAUUUGUCAGGUGUUUGAGUCUUCAGGUAAUUCAAUCAGCACAAUUCAUCCAUGAAUAUCCAGUGGGAUCAUGCAAAAGGGCACCUCUUUAUAUAUUAGCACCUUAUGACCCAAACCAAAACCAUUAUGGACUUUAUUUAUAUAUAUAUAAAUAUAUGUAUAAAUUGAUUCCAUGUGUCCAAGAAUCCAGUCAUCAACAAAACCAAGAACAGCCAUAGAUGCAUCAUGCUCGUCACCCUUCACUUUUCUAUCCGGGAGAUGCUUAUAUACUGUUUAGAUUCCUAUAUUAGUUACCAAAAUGACUAUAAUACCCUUUUGUGCUAGUACUGUCUUCUUGAAUGUAAUCAUUUUGUACCUGUAUUUUUCUAACUCAGUCAUGAUUGUACUAUAGGUGUGCUGUGAUGGUACGCUGCUCCUUCGGAGCGUUGUUUGUUCCCAGCAGCUCUCGUCGGAGGCGCUCUGAACUCAGUGGCACACAGUGUGUAUGUGUGUGUGUGUGUGUGUGAGUGAUGGGUCAGGAGGACUAUCUGUACCAUGUGAGCAUCCAUGAAGAGACUGAAAGCUGAGAGACUGUUACCUUCUGAGCGGUGGCCAAUAGCAUUCCUUGGUUUGAUUCUUUGUUUUUUUUUUUCUCUUUGCAGUAACAGUGAACGUCUGUCUGUUCAGGGCAGUUUGUAAAACUCGAUGAUCAGAACUAUUGAAUGCUUGAGUUUCUUUUUUUUAAUUUAUUAUUGUUCCUUUUUAAAAGUUUAGACAAAUAAUAAAGAAAAAAAACACAACUCAAUAUGCAUCUGUUUGUACACAGACUUGUAGAAGAGGAUCUGCCCUUUACUGGAAUGUAGACAAAGGUUUCCUUUUGUUGUGACGAUGUUCUGCUACAUAUUCCGAGUCUCUUUCUUCUGAUAGGUUGUACAUCUUGUGCUUACUCUAAUUUGUGUAAUGGAUGUGUGUCAAGUGUGUGUGUUUUUUUCCUAUUAUUUGAUGCAGCCUUGCCUUACUGGAAUCCCUGCAUAGUGUGGGACCCCUCAGCCAAACUUAGUCCUUCCCACAACUUUGUCAUCACACUGUCUGCUGACACAAGUAUCACUUCUUUAGCACCUAUUAAAAUGACAUCUAAUGCAUCUGUG